CCUGAAAUAUGGCCACUGCUUUUGAAGCCAGGCAUUUCCGCAUGCAAAGUCUUCGAAAUGUGACAUUUGCUCAUGAUUUCUUUCAGUAUCGAGAUAAUUAUUAUGUGGAUGUUAGUUUUUAGAGCACAAGUAUGGCUCUAGUUACAGUCCAGAGAUCUCCCACACCCAGCACGACUCCCGAGUCGGAGCCUGGGGGGUCAGGAGAAGAUCAAAUUGAUGCCAGUAAUCCACAGAGUCGAUCUCGCAGCUCCGAUUCGUCACAAUCAAGUGCUCUUCGUAAGCUGAAGAGAGCCUGCAACACCGUACGCUUUGUCUCAAAACUUCGCCUGAGUGAGAGUUACCUGGCCGUCAAAGGAGCUGCCCUUAUCCUCCCACAGUCAGAGUGUUAUCGCAGGGUCACCAAGGGUUCUCAUGGAGUAGAGAAUUUCAAGUUGGCCAAGUCACAGCGCCACCUAUUGCCACUGUUGGCUAUUCUCAGAAUCCGAAUACGCGAUAUCCAGAGCCAUCUCCAGUCCAUGUUCUACCUUCUCCGACCUCAGGAUACUAUCAAGAUUGCUGUGAAGUUGGAGAGUGCACUUGGCAGGAACCGCUACCUGGCGUUGGUCGCCUGUUUUGGGCGACAGGACACAGAGGAGAGUUUAAUCCUUGGUAUAGACAUCAGUGACAAAACGACCAUAGGAAUGGUGCUACCUAUAUGGGCAGACAUGACAAUUAAGCUAGAUGGAGAUGGUGGGUUUAUUGUGACCUCCAGUGACAGGAGCUAUAUCCUCAAACCUGUCUCUGUUCAGGCCAUGUGGUCAGCUCUUCAGAGCUUGCACAAGGCGCUGGAGAUCUCUCGCACACACUACUACUUCGCCGGUGGACUGACACACACCUGGUUAGGUUACUACGAGAGUAAGAUCAGCUCCGACAGACAUGCCAUCAACGAAUGGAAUACUAUGGAGGAUAUUUUGUCUCCAAAGAGUGAUAAAUUGCUUUUAUCUGAGGAGGACAAGGACAGUCUUGAAUUUACAUUGAGAACCAAGCUCAAAGAGGUCAUGAUGACAGUUGACCUCGAGGAGGCCACCAGUAAACAGAUUCGUACUCAGGUUGAGGAAACAAUGGGGAUGGACCUGAGAGAGUAUAGGAGCUUCAUCGACCAAGAAAUCCUACUUAUUUUUGGACAAAUGGACUCUCCGUCCAAGAUCUUCGACUACCUCUAUCUUGGCUCAGAAUGGAAUGCUUCCAACCUUGAAGAGUUGAAAGAUAACGGAGUUGGCUAUAUCUUAAACGUGACGAGAGAAAUUGACAACUUCUUUCAUGGAAUGUUCGACUAUAUGAACAUCAGAGUAUUUGACGUGGAAGAAAGUGACUUGCUCAAGUACUGGGAAAAGACGUACAAGUUCAUUAGAAAAGCAAAGGAUCAGGGUUCAAAGUGUCUGGUACACUGCAAAAUGGGGAUCAGCAGGUCUGCCUCCACUGUGAUAGCUUAUGCAAUGAAGGAGUAUAACUGGACCCUCCAGGAGACGCUCCGCUAUGUCAAGGAGAAGAGAAGUUGUAUCAAUCCGAACAGGGGAUUCCGUGCCCAGCUGCAGACGUACCAAGGAAUAUUGGAUGCUAGCAACCAGAGAAAUAAUCUGCUGUGGAAAUCAAAGUCUGAUCAAGAUUUGAAAAAGAGCCUUCUUGAGGAGGAGGCAGAUAUAGCUGAUCGAUUGUUCUAUGAGGAGCAUGGCAUGCUGUCUCCGUCGUUACAUAACCGGCCGCAGUCUUGGGGACCAGAGAGUAAGGCCUAUGAUGAUGACAUAGUCAUGGCAGAACCAGCAACUGGUAAAAGUAUCACCGAACAAAUCCUCGCUGCAAAGUAUGCAGACCUUCCUCAGUCGUUUGUGUCAAGUUCAUUUGGAUUUGAAAAAGACAUUGAAAUCAGCUCAAGAAGUGCUGAUUCCAUGGAGGAGUAUUUUCCGGACAUUCCUACUCCAAUGGAAACCGAUUCACCUGAAUACGGCCCAGAUGAGGAUGUGACAUUGCUCUCAUUUCGAUCGUAUGUCAACCCAGACGAGUUAGCGGAAACUCUCCCAAAUGGUGCUAUGGAAGGUCUGAAAGUGGAAAAAUGGGAUGGAAGCUCCUCAGAGACCUCGUCUGAAACUGCUGCUGGUUUUUACAACUGUCUGAAAUUACUUAGCGCCGAUGGCAGAGAGACUUUGGACUCUGGUACGCAGAAACAAAAGGGUGAUAAAUCGAAUGUGAAAAAGAUCCUUCCGGAUGGAAGUUGGAUAAGGGAGGUUCCGCCAUCGCCGGAGGUGCCAUAUCUGAUAGACUCCGGUGAACAGAGUGUCGAAGCUCCAGUUUUUACAGAAACUGAAGAAAAAGAGAUUUUGAUGAAUUCGGGUAUUGUUCAGAAACAAAAACACGGCUAUGAGGAACUUUUGAAACAGAAGGGCCGGAAGGACGGUCAUGUAAGGACUGCUUCAGGGGGAAGUUCUGAGUGCGAAGGGGACAAUGUGAGUGAUUAUUCAGGCAGUGAUGAAAAGAUAAACUUUAUUGUUCCUGAGCAUUACAGUAAUGAGCCGGACCGACCGAGGGUCGUUAGUUUGGGAGAUGAGGGCAUGGAUCUGCUGACAGAAUCGACCACAGACGAUUGUGAUGUUUCACCCAAGGGUUCCGGCAUCUCACCGAGGGGUGAAGAUGGCAUGAGAAAGGGUGGAGAUAAGGGGACAACUCAACCAGAUGAUGUUAGAAAGGAUGCUGAUUCCUCAGACCAACCUGCUGGAGAGAGUUCCGAGGACAAAGAGAAGCGGACGUCUGUUAUUUACGAAAGUGAGAAUAUCGCUCUAAGUCCAGGACUGGUGCGGAGGACGAUGAAGGAAUUGGAACAAAAAACAAAGACUCAAGUUGCCCCAGGUAAAUCACCGAGACCUGCAAGACGAGCUGAAAGCCUCAAGGAGAGACCAAUGCCAAAAACGGUAGAUGAAGAACGACGAAAAACAGUGGCUUUUCCAGUUUUGCAGAAUCCAUGUACAGGCAUUGAGACAGCAUCUAGUGAAGGUUCCUCGUCUCCACGAAGCAACUCAUUCCGACCAACACCGGAUUCCUCGCCAAUCGUGUCUCGACGGAAAAAAGCCAAGAUGUCGCUGAAAGUUGAUGAGGAUGCAGAUGUAGAUGCAGAUGAGGAUGAUGAAAAUGAUCCGGAAAAAGAUAGUUUCCUCGUGUUUAACCUCGGCGAUGAGGAGGUAGUCGUCAAGAAGGGAAAGGUCAAGAGGCGCACAAUGGAUUUUGAACAGCUGCAGGGCGACCUAGAUAAAUUGAUAUCAGAGACUAAGUCAGAUGGAGAGGAAGUCCAGAAACCAGCUGCAGAUGGUGCAGACUCACAGGGGUCUGGGUCCGCUGAUGAAUCAGUUGACCACACAUCAGGUCUUCCAGAUAUGCAAUUAAAAGCACAAACACAUGACAUCGAUCCGGAACAGGGUAGAUCAAAAGAUGUGCUGACAGAUGAGGAGUGUCCGUUACCACGAGGUACGGUCAAACUUCAUAAGCAAAAGAUCGAGCACAGAAUGUCCGACCCCCAUGCUCAAUCACCGGUUUCUCCAACGUCACCUCAGGAGAAAUUGAGUGGUAGUCCACCAACAGAUAGUGUCUUUGGGAAUUUUCCAUCAUCCAGUCCACCGCCAUCAGACACACGUCCGGAUCCAGUCCCCCUUAGGCCUGUUGCAGCUCCUGGUGCCAUUUUACGGAAUGAUGAAUUACCGGUGGCAGGCAUCGUCAAACAGCACAAAGAAAUGAUUGAAAAUCGUCAUCGAGAAAGUUUCAGUGAUGUUGUGCCUGAAACAGAUAUCGAUGAGUCUGUUAGAAUGAAUAAAGAAACUUUGAAACUGAUUUGUCAGGUGGGGGAAAGUCUUUUGAAUAGCCCAAGAGAUUCUGAAGCAUCCAGUACAGAUGAGGAUCGGUUACGACUAGGAUUUGUGCGGAAAAUUGCGAGAGAACUUGAACUGAAAGGUGGCGUUUAUGACAGACUGCAAAAAGUAGUCAUUGUGGAUAAAACACCUUUAAUACCUUUUGGAUCUGAAGAGGCUCUAUUGUCACCAGAGCUACGGAGACAAAAUAAGUUGGAGCGUGAUCAUGGGCAUGAGUUAAAAAGAUUGGGGUCACUGCCUGACAUGCGGCAGCGUCACCCUUCACCUAAUGCUACAAACCGCCCUUCUUCUUUGUGUAUAGAACCGAGGGCCGUACAUUCCGCGGGUGAGGAAGACGAGGUCAUUUUACGUCGACAAAGUGUUGGGCCAAUGAACAAAACGGCACAGUCUAGUUCAAAGCCACAACGCCAGGUCAAAAGUCUGGUUGAUAAGUUUGAGACACCUAGCACGUCGCCCAAAGGCCUUUCUCCUUCGAGAAUGGAGACUGAGGAAACAGUGGUAUCUCCCACAAGGGAUUUGCCUGCAUCCCCAGAGUGUGGGAUGGACAUUUCUCCAGAGCCUUCACCGUCUGCUUCUUUCAAUCCCGAGCCCCAGUGUGCAUCAUCUGGGGCGGAGGAUGAGGUACAAAAAGGGGGAGAGGUUUCAUCUAAGCCUCCACUACCCAGUCACUCCCUUGGAACUUGUCUGAGCCCACGCAAGGUUCGUAAACACCACGGCAAAUCUCACCCACUGGAGAAACUCUCCGGUGAUACCCCACCCGCAGGACGAACCAAUAACCCCCUUUAUAAUACAAUGUAAUGUUCGUAUAUGACCUCAUUCUCGUUAUGGUAGAAUUCACAUGGCGUUCACGUUCGAUGACUCGCAUGUCAUGAUUUACGCAUGAGAAAGAGUUUUCGCAGUAAUGCAAAAAACACCUAUGUGGUCUGUACUUCCGAUAUUAUUCAUUCAUUCUUCUGUUCAUGUGUGAAGCAUGACAGGUGACAGUGCACCUUCCAUGUCAACUCUACCAAAUGGUUUGACAGGCUGGGUGUUAACAGGCUGUAGAAGAACACUGUGACCUUUGCAUUGGAAAACUAAAAACGGGUCUCGGAGACUUCAAAAGAGGAGGACAUUAUUGAGAAGCUUGAAAGCCAUGCUUGUGUACUACUCGGUACUGCAUGGAAAAAACUUGCCAGAGAAACUGUACCCACCUUGGGCCAUGUAUUUGCUCUAAAAUGUACUCUUGUCACAACCGAGUAAAGAAUGGGUUAAUAUGGUUGUAUAAAGUUUAAUUUGUAAUCCCAUCUAUGUUGCUUUGUAAAAAUGAGAAUUUGAUGAUGAGAUGGUGUUCGAUGAGUGAUUGUCAAAAUUGGCAAAUGACAGCUGAAUUUAACCCUUCAUGGACAUAAAUAAAGACCAGUAGUCUUUAUCAAUUCUUGUUACCAGGUAUGAAAUAGUCAUCAGUUCAUUGUAGCCUAGUUGCUUCAUGUACAUGUAUGUAUAAUAUGAGCUUGAAUGUUCAGGAAAUCAUGCAGCUGUGAGGCAUCUAGGGUGUAUUGCAUAUAUUUAAAGGGGGGUUAUAACCAAGAACUUUGAAUUGAAAUUGAAUUGUAAGCUGCUCUGAUGUAAUGUGCUGUAUUCGGUGCCAUUGAAAUACCUUGCCAAACACUUUAAGAUUUAAAUCUGUAUAUAAUUUGGAUUUGAAAAAACUCCACUUUAUUUUGGUUAAAAUUUACUAGAUUUUAUUUUGUGCCUGUGAAUAUCUUGUGGUUUGUUAAUAUUUUCUCAGCUGUACAUUAACUGCCUAACCUUGCUGCCUAACAGACUGCUCAAACAGCUGAGAAUUUGUCCGAUAUCAAAUCAGUGGAAUUAAACAAAAGUAAUUCGGUCAUAACACCAUGAAAAUUCAUCUGUUCGGUUAUUAUGAUGAAGAAAUGUUCUUUUUACAACAAUAGGAAAUUUAUCUUCAAACAAUCUAUCUUGAUCACGAGAAAUGAAGUUAUGAUUUAAAGGCUGCAUUUGGAAAAGGACAUUUUUUAGUUCAGACAAGUCCAUGCAAGUCCUAGUCUUUAAUUUGUGUAUUUGUUCACCUACAUACUUGUAAUUAUUGUACAGCAUUUAAAGUAUGGUUUGACACAGAUUUAUAUGAUUUUGUGCUCCUGUACAUAAGAUUCAGUUCUUUCUAUUGAUGACUUAAAAGAUUUUUGAUUCGUUAUUCUUAUUCUUGUAAUUUGUGAUAAUUUGACGAGUAGUUCUGUGGUGAAUUGUUGUUUACAUGUAUUGUACAAGGUAGCAGAUAUGAUUACUCAACUUUCAUCAAUCUAAGACUGUUUUUGAAUAUUCAAGUUGAGGCCCCAAGACAUACAGAGGGUUUGAUGCCAUAGGGAUGUUCAGUAUGGAUAGACAAUGGGUUGAUGACGCCAAUUGUCCGAUCCUCAUGAUGUCAUGUUUUGACCUUGCCUUUGUUUCGAUAUUUUUGUGAUUGAUGAAGCGAUCUUAGAUAGGUGAAGGUUGAGUAAUUUCCAGUGAGAACUUUGAGUUUAUUUGAAUAUAUAGUGUUCCUGUGUUGGAGUAGCACCAAACCUCGGCGUCAAAGCUGCAAGUGCACUGAAUGAUAAAAUCCUUCUCUUUGGAUUCCAACAGCAAUGGAUGGCAAAUACAUGACCAACGACUGCGAGAAGAUGCACAGCAUCAGUGGAAUGAGGCUGACGUGGUAAUUGGUAAUUGGUAAUUUUAUUCGGCCAGCAUAAUAAUUAAAGUACAUGUAUGAGAUUUUUAACAGUGGAAAUAACGGCCAGGGACACAGCCAAGAUCAACAAUUAGAUCGCUUAUGGCUGUGCCCCGUGGACAUUGCUCACUCUGUUGCACUACCGGAUAUGUUACAUCAGGUAGCGCACUGAUAUUAAUCUGAUGUCACAUCAUUGUUUAACCUUUGAUGGUCACACAUUAGCCAUCCAGUGUAGCGGUGAUGACGUCAGCUGCAAUUCUUCUAUAAAAGCAAGCAUUUUCAUAUUUUGUAAAAUCUUUAAUAAGCUGUGCGUUAGAGCAAUGUUCUACCCUAGAAGCUAUGUAAAUGGUGCUUUUUUGUACUUCAAUGCCUCUGAAUGUAGGUUCUCUUGGCUCAUGUUGAAUGCAGCAAAUACUUGUAGACAUCUAUCAUUUUGUUGUAAGAAUUUCAUCAAUAAAUUUUGAUGAGA